AUGGAAUGCCUUAAAGAUCUAAAGGAACUUGAAGGAUACAAAUUGAAAGACAUCAAACAAAGAUCUAGAGCUAGAUGGGAUUUGGAUGGCAACGAGAAUUCUUGUUCUUUCAUGGAUAGAUUAAGAGUAGAAGGCAAAGGUACUAUAGCGACGGGAUGCAGUUCUUCAUUCAUAACUUUCAUUCCGAAAAACAAAGACCCGGUGGGUAUGAAAGAAUACAGACCUAUAAAUUUGAUUGGGGUGAUAAGCAAAACGAUUUCUAAAAUUUUGGCUAACCGCCUCAAAUUGGUGAUUGGGACUAUUAUUUCGGAAAAUCAAACAACUUUUCUUAAGGGGAUGUAUAUUCUGGAUAGUCCGUUAAUUUUGAAUGAGCUCAUAGCUUGGAUGAAAAAAUAUAAUAAAAAGGCUUUUUUAUUAAAAAUUGAUUUCGAAAAGGCUUACGAUAACAUCAGUUGGAGUUUUCUUCUGGACAUCAUGGGACAAAUGGGUUUUUCAGAUUUAUGGUGUAAAUGGAUCAAAGGGAUCCUAGCUUCGGCCAGAUCCGCGGUUCUGGUUAAUGGGUCCCCCACUUUUGAAUUCAACUGUUACAAAGGUGUUAGACAGGGCGACCCUCUGUCCCCGUUUCUGUUCCUCUUGGUGAUGGAAGCUCUGUCUAGCAUUCUGGGCAAAGCUAGGACGGAAGGUCUCUUCAAAGGGGAAUGGGAUAGGGAUGCCGUUAAGAAUGUGGCUAGAUGUUUGAGAAUUUUCUACUUAUGCUCAGGCUUAAAAAUUAAUCUUAAAAAAUCAAACAUAUACGGGUUGGGUGUGGAUAAUGAGGCAGUUUCUGAUAUGGCUAAAGCCCCUGCUGGGGUUUUAAAGUCUCUUGAAGCCAAGAUGAGAAAAUUCUUAUGGGCCGGAAAUGGUAACAAUUCUAAAAUGAACUGGGUAUCGUGGGACGGGGUUACUUGGCCGAAGGCAAAAGGUGGGUUGGGUAUUAGCAGGCUUAAAGAGGUCAAUGAGGCCCUCCUCGUUAAAUGGGGAUGGAGAUAUAGGGCUGAAAAUCUUAAUCUUUGGUGUAAACUGCCUGAAUCAGAAGAGGAACUUAAGGAAUGGAAGGAAUGCUGUGAGGUGCUCAAUGGUGUGAGAAUUUCCAACGGUAAGGAUGUUUGGUUUUGGAAGGAUGAUAGUCAGAACGGUUUCUCGGUGAAGGAGGUCAAAGCGGCUAUGAUCAAUGAUAGAGGUAGUAGGCACCCUCCAAAUUUUGUUUGGUGCAAGUGGGUUCCCAUUAAGUGCAACAUUAUGAAUUGGAGGGGCAAUCUGGAUAGGCUUCCUACUAGAUUAGACUUAAAAAGAAGAGAUGUGGACAUACCAUCGGUAAUGUGCCCUUUUUGUGACGAGGUUGAGGAAUCGGUUGAGCAUUUGUUCACUGCAUGCUCGGUUGCUUUGAGGGUGUGGUCGACUUUCAGUGUUUGGUGUAACAUUACUCCGCUUUAUCUUUUUGAGUUUAAAGACAUUUUUAGAAAUCCACAAGUUGAGUAA